AUGAGCAGCGUGCUCAUGAGGAAGAACAUCAACAGUAGGCUGCGCGACGUCGCCGCGUCCGCGCACGCUGCUCAUGAGGAAGAACCCCUCUGUGGUUCGAAACUAGUAGAGCUUUUCUCAUCAUUUACACCGUUCCACGCGCUUCAAAGACCUUAUAGAUUGCUAAAGACGGAACCCACCAGGAUCGAAAUUCAGGCAGAGUUGCAGAGCAAGCGUAAAGAGGCACCGCGGCCUCGGCUUAGAGCAGACGAAGGAACGGGAGUGUUUUUAUCCGAAGAGUUUGAAAAAGCUGGUCCGCCGUGCGCUCCCAUGCAGAUGGUCCACCGUCUGUGUCCUCAUCACAACGUGGUGCAGCAGUUCGCAGUCGAACAGAAAGACUCUUUGGACGAACAUCUAGAUGUCCUGACUAGGAAACUUGCAGAAAAGGAAGGCCGUCUUCGCCUAUCAAAGUCCAAGAUCAGGGAGACACAGAACGAGAUUGAGAGUCUCCACGCAAUAGACCACGACGUAAGGACAAGAUACCGGGAGAUCAUGGAAUCUCUUCGCAACGACCUGCUCUGCAACGAGAAGGAAUGCAAGAAACUACAGGAACAGAUUGAAUGGGUGUCCAGAAGACGAGCCGAGCUAAAAGAACAGGUCCGUCAGGGCAAGCAGUUUUACGGAGAAGCUGCUGCGGAAUUGGCGUGCAAUCUUGCGGAAUUGCAACGAGGUAGAUUACCAGAUCCAAGGCUAAUGGACAAACCGCAAAAGCAGACGUCCAUCACCUCAAUCAGACUCCGCCGAGAGCCACACUUCCCUCGGGCGACGCCUGUCGGUUCCAUAGUCAUCAAACAGUCUCCUCUAUCAAACUGUUCUCAAAGACUUGUUGAUGAGUGA